UGUGCGCAAAUAAAGACUGUCUCACGUGUAAGUCAUUCUUGCUUAACCAUGGAUGCCCCCAAACAGCGCUCUGCCCAAAUCCUGGCACGCGUCUGAGCUUUUUGGGAGGGACAUUUGGCACCAGCGUCUGAAUACUCCACAGUCCAGAACAGGAGGUCAUUUUACUGCUGCUUAUACUCUAAGACACGGGACAAUAACAUCAAAUCAACUAUGUCUGGGACUCCGGGCUCCUCUGGCACCGCUAAAAUGAAAAAGGACGAGUCAUUUCUGGGUAAAUUAGGGGGCACUCUGGUGCGCAAGAAGAAGUCUAAAGAAGUGAGUGAUCUUCAUGAGGAGGGGAAAAAUGCCAUCAAUGCUCCCAUGUUGCCUGCAGGGACAGAGAUCCACCCAGAGGACACAAUGCUGGAGGAAAAUGCAGAGAGGAUCAUGCUGGACCCCACCUCAAGAGAAAACCUGAAAUUUAAAGAUCUGGUCAAGGUUCUUAUUGACUGGAUCAACAGUGAGCUGGAGGAGGACCGGAUCAUUGUCAAAGACUUAGAAGAGGACUGUUACGACGGGCAAGUGCUGCAGAAACUCUUCGAGCAGCUGUCGGGUCGAAAGCUGAAUGUGGCCGAGGUGACUCAGUCUGAGAUCGGGCAGAAGCAGAAGCUGCAGACUGUUCUAGAGGCAGUGAACGAGCAGCUCCGCCCCCAUGGCUGGAGCGUCGAGUGGAGCGUCGACUCUAUUCAUUCAAAGAACAUAGUGGCGAUUGUGUAUCUACUGGUUGCCUUGGCGAUGCACUUCCAGGCUGCUAUCAGACUACCUGAACAUGUCUCAGUACAAGUGGUGGUGGUCAAGAAACAAGAGGGCGUCCUGCACACAGCUGUAGUGACCAAAGAGCUGACCAGCACCACAGAGAUGAUGCUGGGAAGAUUUGAGAGAGAUGCAUUUGACACUCUGCUGGAUCACGCACCUGACAAGCUCAACGUGGUGAAAACGUCUCUCAUUACCUUCGUGAACAAACAUUUGAACAAGCUGAACCUGGAGGUGACUGAGUUGGAGACUCAGUUUGCAGAUGGAGUCUACUUGAUAUUACUGAUGGGGCUGCUUGAAGACUACUUUGUCCCUUUGUACAACUUCUUUUUGACGCCAGAGAACUUUGAACAGAAGGUUCACAAUGUCGCCUUUGCUUUUGAGCUUAUGCAAGAUGGAGGCCUGAAGAAACCCAAAGCCAGACCAGAAGAUGUGGUCAACCUUAAUCUCAAGUCCACCCUGAGAGUACUAUACAACCUCUUCACCAACUACAAAAACACAGAAUGACUCUUGACAUAAUAUCACUGCACUGAACACUGCUUUGUGCCUAUAUAACUGCUUGUAGAGUCUGGACACUGGGACAGCUGGGAGGACCUCUACUCAUUACUAUGUAUGACUCAAAAUGACCCAUGGGAAGAAACUCAGGAUGUGGGUAUUUCAUCUCCUCCAAAUGUCACUAUUUAUUUAUUCUUUGUUGAAUGUUAACCGCGACCAAGCAAACCCCGUAACCUUUCAGAGAGAAUUUGAAUAUACAACUGUCCCGGGAAAUAGCGGGAGGGCAGAAUAUAAAACCAAAGGGUAAUAGACUGUCGCUGUUGAACCAAAUGUGAUAUUUUUGGGGAUGAAUUUGCUUUUCAAAUAACGUGACUGACACUACUCAUAUUUGUGCAGACCAAAAACUGAACUCAAUUUAUUAUCUUGAAUGUUUGGAAAAUGAUGUAUUGAGGUUAUAGUUUUGUUACAUAAUAAUCUAAGUAAUUGUGUAAAAACAAGACAUUUCAAGAAAUUAAUUUUAAAAAAUACAUGUCAAAACAGAAUAGAACAAAUUAAAAAAGCUCUGUCAAACUGUGUUUGGUUGAAAAGUUACGCAGUACACCUUUAAACCUUUCUGUCAAAAGGUACAUAAACCUGCUUGUCUUCAUGGUUGCCUCUCCACAGAUGUAACUUGGCCUGGUGGUGCAUUAUUUCCAUGAAGAUUUAAUUUAAGUUUAAUGCCAUAUUGUGUAAUAUAGGGAACACAGGUACUAUGUAACAUUGUGUAACAAAGGUAACAUAGGCAAAGUGAUAACAUCUCCAUGGAGACAAGCAGGUGCAUGACUCCUCAAGCAGGUGUGUAACUCCACCAGAAAAGUUACGCAGUGCACCUGUAAAGAACACUAUUUGUUAAAGCCGUUGUCACAUUCAUUUUGACUGUGUUAUAAAAUGAUGUUAUGUGAUUAAAUAAGCCAAAUCAUCAAGAUUUUUUCAUUCAUAGUUUUUCCAAAUCCUCUUAAUUUAAUGCAGUGUUCAGGAGGUCCAUGUACCUGACAUCUUUGCGGUAUCCAGGCAACUAAUGGAGACUGAUAUGGCUCUAUUCAAACAAGCCACAUACAACACAAACAAACCGCGUACACUUACUCACUAUUGUUAAGUGCAGCCAGUGCAGUGGGAACAUUGAGACCAUAAACCAUGUACUGCAAAAUAGGCCAUUCCUAAUCAAUGCCAUUUGAAGUAACCAGUUAGAUAACGCUUUUCUGUAAUCAGGACAAAAUGAUGUGAAGAAUUGUUAUUAAUAAUUUGACUUAAUGUGUAAUAAUGAGUAGAAUUAAUUUCAUAACUUUAUUUUGCAGUCAGUUUUACACUUUUGUGUAAUGUUAGUGCAUCUCUCUGAUUGUUAUUAAGUUGAUAUUGCCUCCAUGUUUUGCCAUUCUGCUUUGGAUUUUACCACCAAUAUAUUUGACCACGUUAUUUAUAUUUACUGUGC